CCGAGAGUUUACCUGUCCUCCAGUACCGACUCCAGGGGCUCCACCCCGCUGGUGUCCACGGCGUGCAGCUGAUCAGCGAAGGCGACGGCUUUCUCCAGCCGGGUCACCGCCUCGCGGCUGCCGAAGUUCACCAGCGCCAGACGCUCCAGAUGCUCGAUCACCGCGGCGGGCACGCCGCCGCCGCCCUGCGGGGUGAGGCAUGGAGCGUGGCUCCCCUGCCGCGCCGCCUGCUCCUUUCCCUGUGGACCCGCUUUGGAAGCGGAGCCUCGGGCGCCGUCCAACAGAGCCCGAAAUUGCGCCCUCGCCGCCCGUGCCCACAUCUUUGCUUCUCGGCCUCGGUAAUGACGAAAGGUGGGGCGACGCGCGCGCGAGUGACGACAUUAGAGCGCGUCGUCGCCACAUCAGCUGCCGGCGCCAUGAACAGCGUCGGGGAGGCUUGCACUGACAUGAAGCGCGAGUACGACCAAUGCUUCAACCGCUGGUUUGCUGAGAAGUUCCUCAAAGGGGACGGCUCCGGGGACCCGUGCACCGACCUCUUCAAACGCUACCAGCAGUGUGUCCAGAAAGCAAUAAAGGAAAAAGAGAUUCCUAUUGAAGGACUGGAGUUCAUGGGCCAUGGCAAAGAAAAGCCUGAAAACUCCUCUUGACCUGCCUGUCGCUUGGAAGAAAUGAGUAAAUUGAGAGGCCUCUGGAUUUUGUCAGCUAAGGCUGUGAAGAUGGGAUUUGAAGAGUUUCCCCAUCUUGGUGGUCUCCUCUCACUUCUGGAAGAGCAGCUGUCAGUCUUGCUUUGAGGCAGCUUCGCUUUCGCUGGCAUCUUGAAGUAACUCCACACGUGCUACAAUGGAACAGCUUCUUGGGGUUAUGGUUGCAAAACAUGGUGUGGAAUCAGCUUUACCUAGCUCUUGGGUGUGAAUAAUGAUGAACUGGUCAUGAUCUAGGUUGCUGACUUUCGCUGCCGAGGACAAUAGAUACACUGCCUGGGAGUCAUUUUUGUGACAGUUGGUCAGGACCUCUUUUUUCCUCUCAGGGAGCUAAUGCUCUGAAAGGGAUCCGGACACAACCGUUUCAAUCAGUGUGUGGGAACAUGAUUGUAUUUUUAUAGGAACAGUUACAACCGCUUGUGGCCUGGGUUAUCAAGGCAGAAAGCAGCUUUCCUCAGCUCCCACCUUAACAAGGUGUUGGAUUAACAUUUAAAAGCUUCAGAAGCGACAUAAACACCACUUUGGAGCUCACAGCACCUGGAGUGGCUGUUCAAGAAUCACCUGCAUUACAGCUUUGCUGCUGCCAAACUAAGAUGAAUUUGCAUAUCAUAAAAAAGGCAAAGUGUAUCCAGCUGAGUGGGGGAAAGGUGCUUCCUUACUGUUGUUUGCCCAUCAUGCCCUAAGUCUGUAAUCAUGACAUGGAAUAAAUCUUGAAAUUGAUUCUA